CUAGAUCAAGUUACAGUGAAAAUGAAGAUUCUCUCAUUCUGCCACGGCUCCAGAGCCAGCUCCCCUCUCCCUGGUUUUAUUGUUUUCUUCUUUACUUGUUAUGUUCACAAGAUGGAAUCAGCAAAGUUCACAGUGAUUGGAGCCCAUGACCCUGUCACUGCCGUCCUGGGUCAGGAAACUGUGUUACCCUGUCAUCUAUCCCCGCGGAUGAGCGCUGCAAACAUGGAGGUGAGAUGGUUCCGAUCUCAGUUUGUAUCCUUUGUGCACCUGUACCGUGAUGGGAAGGAUCAGAAUGAAAAGCAGAUGCCAGAGUAUCAGGGAAGAACGGAGCUUUUAAAAGCUGGACUCACAGAUGGAAACAUUCCCUUGAGGAUUCUCAAUAUCAGACAGUCUGAUGAAGGGCAAUACGUGUGUUUUGUUCAAGACGACACUUUUUAUGAAGAAACUGUAUUUGAACUGCAGGUAGCAGGUCUGGGCUCUGCUCCUCUCAUCUCUAUUGAGGGUCACAAGGAUGGAGGGAUCCGAGUGGUUUGUCAGUCAUCUGGUUGGUACCUAGAGCCUGUGGUGCUAUGGAGAGAUCUCAGUGGGCGACAUUUACCAUCACUCUCUGAAACAAAAUCCCGAGGCGAUAACAACCUGUUUGGAAUAGAAACUGCUCUCAUUGUGAAAAAACAUUCAAACCAAAACUUGUCUUGUUGCAUCAGGAACACCGUUCUCAAUCAAGAAAAGGAAUCAGCAGUUUAUAUAGCAGUGAAUGUGACUCUGGAUCCAGACACGGCUCAUCCCAACCUCGUCCUGUCUGAGGAUUGGAAAAGUGUGAGAUGGACAGACAUGUGGCAGCGACUGCCCAACACCCCUGAGAGAUUUGACACUGAGCUCUGUGUGCUGGGCUGUGAGGGAUUCACCUCGGGGAGACAUUGCUGGGAAGUGGAGGUGGAGGAUGGGCAAUGCUGGGCUGUGGGGGUGGCCAGAGAGUCUGUGGGGAGGAAGGGAGGGAUCAGCCGUAGCCCUGAGGGGGGGAUCUGGGCUGUGCUGCGAUGGAUGGGUCAGUUCCAGGUUCUCACCUCCCCUGUGACCCCCCUGCCCCUGAGCUGGGUCCCCAGCAGGACCCGGGUUUGUCUGGACUGUGACCGGGGGCAGGUGACAUUUAUCGGUGCUGGUGACGAGGCCCCGAUCUUCACAUUCCCGCCGGGCUCCGUCCCUGGGGGGAGAAUCCGACCCUGGUUCUGGGCGGGGGGAUCCCGGCUCAGACUGUGUCCCUGAGACUGGGGACCCUGAAAUCAGCCUCUCUAGCCUCAGACACCCCAGUCUCUGUGACUCUGGAGGACUCCCAUCUACCCAGCCCCUGGCACUUCAUCUCUA